AUGGACUGGCAUGAUAUAAUUGUGAAGACCAUUCCUUACUUGGGUCCAAGAUCUUUGUUGAAUUUAGCAUUAACGUCUUAUGAAUAUUAUGAACCUUGUAUUAAACAGUUGUAUCGUCAUAUUGUGGUGGCAAGAAGAAGAUUGAAUCAAAUCAGUGACAGGCAACAUUUCAAUCAUUCCACUUUUAUAGAUGGUUUAGGAUUGGGGAAAAAAGAUGAUAUUUUGAUCAAUGUGAAGUUACAGGUACUUAUCCAAUCAUUGACCAUCAAUCCUCAGUUGAUUGAAUAUAUUGGAAAGUUUGAAGUUUUCGGGAAAUUUGAUGAAGAGGUAAAUAGCAAGAUCAAAAAGAUAAUUUCCAUGAUCAAAUGUCCUGUUUAUAUUGAUGAUUUGACAUUAAGGAAAGGAAUGGAUAAAGGCAGAUUGAUCAAACCAACCACAGAACAAAGUGAAGUGACGCUUAAUCUCGAUAAACCGGUGGAUUUAUUAUCCAUGAAGAUAGAUUGGUCAAAAGUGAAAAAACUUGUUCUCAUAUAUACUCAACCAUAUGACCAUAAGACCUCGGAAUUGAUUGAUUUGUCGUUAUUGAAGUUUUUUAACAAUCCUUUGAACAUAAAUUACAUUGUUAUCAAAUACAAUCCACCAAAAGAUGGAUUAAUAGAUGAUGGAUUUGAAGGUAAUUAUCUUAGAAGAAUAAGAAUUUUAACCACUAUGAUCAAAAUCAUCAGUAGAUGGCCAGUUAAAGUCAAUCUUGUGUUACCUGAUUUCCUCCAAGUAUUAUCAUGUUAUGAACAAUCUAUGAAUCAUAUGAUGUGGAAUGGAUGUAAAUGUGUUCAUUGUGAUAAGUAUUUAGUAGAGUUGGAUGAUUUCAUUCAUCGUCAUAAAUAUUGGGAUCAGAAAUUGAAUUAUUGGAAAGAUUUGGAUAAUUCUAUCAUGAUCAAUCAAUUAGGUCAAUUCUUCCAAUACAGAUAUACCAACACUACAGAGUAUGAUUAUUUGAACCAACUACAAUUAGUAGAUUUCAAUAUUCAUAAGAAUUUCUUUAGCGGAAUUGACUUCCAAUGUUUCGAUAGUGAAAAUGUUGAACAUAGUGAAUACAAUGAUGAAGAAGAUGUUUUCUUUGAUGCUUUAGAAACCGUGAAACAUUGUAAAUUCAAUGAAUUGUUUCAGCAUUUGAACAUUUCCAUGAUCCAUUAUUUGGAAACUAUCAUCGUAUCUUUAAUUGAUUUAGACCGUGGAGAUGCUGAAUCCAGAGACUUAAUAGACGAAUUCUUAAAUGACGGAGAAAAUCAAAUAAACCUUUGUAAUCUUGGUUUAAAUGGAUUCCAAUUCUACUUUGAUUCAGAAAUUAAUGGAACAAAUUUUUUCAAAAGUUAUUACGACCAGAUAUCGAACUAA